AUGUUUCCUAACAAUCAAACUCCACGCAAGCGCGCUGUUUCCUACUCUGCAGAUCAAGUUGGACACCACCAUAACCCCCAUGUUCAUGAACGCCUCCCCUCAUCAAUCGCAUCCUCCUCCAAAUCUCGCGAACAAAGUACCUCCCCCAGGUCCGCUUCACGACACCGUUACGCGCCUCACAACAUCGUCCCGGAUCACAAUAAUCCUUCUUUCCCAUCCCCUCAUAAUCCCAGUGCCCAGUCAAGCCCCCUCACGUCCCCGUCCUCCGCACAUGGCGGCAGCAGCCGCUUCGCUGACUCACAAUCAUCAUUCACAUCCGAAUCUGCCAGCGCCAGCGCUGAUCCCCGGCGCUCCCGCUCACUAUUCGAACACAAUCGGGUGCCUGCAACGUCACUUCAUCCAUAUCUCGGUACCCCUCCAUCCUCGGCACUAAGCGGUCGCUCCAGAUCCAUCACUGAAUCUGAUCUUCUCCCUAUGCACGCUGUCACUUGCAAACGUGCGUCCAAAUAUCUCCCAUCUUCUGCGCGCGCCCGCACAGCGCCCAGUUCACCCAGUCCCGCUACCCUGGAGACCCCUGAGUCCCCUGUUGCUAUGGGCAUCAAGUUUUUCCUCAGCAAACCUGCACUGCCGUCCCCCACUCGCCUAUCACUACACUCGGAUGCGGGGGCCUCGUCACAUUCGCGACUCACAAUCCCUCGUAAAUCCAGAUCCCAUCCGCCUGAACUCGAUGUCUCGGCAAUCCCCUUCUCACCCGGAUACGUGCACCCGAAUCUUGCUACGAGUGCAAACACUUCACCUUCCUCUAGCGUACCACUCAUAAGCCAAGACAACAUUUCCUCGUCUGCCAAUUCGAUGCCUACACAGGGGAAGGGCCAAAGGCAGCGGAAUGUUCUCCGUAGGAAGCCGUCUGCAAAGGCCAAAGAAAGAAUGCAACGAGAUAUGGAAAUAAAACAGAAGGCAACAACUGCCUCGCCCUCGCCUUCUGCGCAUGGUUCUGUGUCCAAAGAUCUCCACCCAAGUACUGUUGUUCAGCUGUACGACGAAUUACCAGUGCAGCCCACGGAAGGAUAUUCUGAAGAUGAUCCUCACUCGCCUUCUCCGGUUCCAUACUAUACUGUCUACGGGACGCAGUCGGAGCACAGAAUUACUGCGGGAGGGCCGGAUGAUAACAGCAAUUGGUCCUUUCACGCUCAUGUCCUUGCCGAACAGCGGGCUCAAACACUCCCCUCCGAGCCGAGCAGAAGCCUUUCAAGGAAGGGAAGCCUCUCGAGAAGAGUGUCCAAUAAAUGGAAAAAAGCAACGGGAGAAGGCGUUAAGGCUGACGAGUCUCCCCUGCCUGACCCUUCCAAUGACCGAUCAAGUCUACAAGAGCGCCGUUCUUCUCGCCGUCUCAAAGACCGCGGACAGUUCACAGAUGCAGGGGAGUUUGGUAACGACCACAUCCGCUCAGCGACCGACCCGCAGAGCAAGUCCGAAGGUUCUAAGAUUUGGAAGCUCAUGAAGCGGAUCAGCACGGGCGCGCUUCGUGAGCGCUUCUACGCUGAUACAGCUGCGCCACCUGUCCCUGCCAUUCCACAAGAGUUGCUCAACACACCCUCUCCCCGGUCCAAGACAGUAAACAAAGACGCGCAGGCUACGUCACAAAAAUCUUACAGCGCAUCUGUACCAAGGAAUAUUGCUAGCUCAGGCCCGCGGCCGAGCAUAGCAACAUCCUCAUCUUCCCCUAAUUCAUCCGAAAUGGCUUCGGCAAGUUUCUUUCAUAUGUCCCACUCGAGGGGAUCGUCGGUGUCUUCAUAUGGGGAGGAGACUGUGCCGGGUUUUCCCAGUAUGGGGGAUCGUCAUAUUGUGCCCCCACGGGAGAUCCACAAGAUUUUGGGUGAUCACACAAAAGAUCAGGGCUCGAUGUCGCAUUCUGGCAGGCGCAGCUAUUCUAGCGGUCGAAGCUAUUCCGGGCGAGCUACGCCGACCGCAGAAGGCAAGGCCGAUGAUCAGCACCAGGAAACCUCGACACGUACCCACACAUCUCCGAUCACGCACCCCAUUCAUUCAUUAACCUCUCUCAGAACACACAGGCUUGUCGAGAAGCCGCCUACAGCCGCACACACUCAUUUACUUCCAGAUGGAAAUACCUCUCUUUCUCCACCACCACGACCUGCGCGAGGUGCGAUGUGCUCAAGCAGGUCGGAGAGUGAACCUUCACCUUCCCAAUCCACAUUUACUACUGCUGAUGAAGAACCAAACCCACGAAUAUCUCUCCAAGCGCCCGGUACCCUCAGUGAAGCAUCCACCGCUAAGAUGCGGACAUCGUCAAGAUCAUCGACUUCCACGUCCAAAGACACAUCGUCCUCACAACUUCGGUCUGCCGUUAAUUACCGCGAACUCAAUGCUCCCCGCCGUCCGCCCCUCACAGAGCGCGAGAAGGCUGAGAUUUGGAAUGAUCUCAUCGAGCGCAGCGAGCAAGCAGGAGGAACGCUCCACCUUGGUGGUGAUGGCGAACUUGAGUCAGAUAAUUUACGCUUUUCUGGAUACUCUGAGCUUUCAUGA